UAAUAGGAUUGACCCUGAUUUAAAAUAUGAGCAGUAUAUGGUGCUUCCGGAAAUAACCAUGAUGUUCUUCAUGUAAUUCACCUAUCUCCUGAAAAGUGAACUACCAAUGCACAGACACACUACUGCAUUUCAAAUGCCAUUUGUAUUGUGAAUGAAAGCAUUACAACUAGAACUAGUCAUUUAACCAUACAAAUAUAUAAAAUAAACAUCAUAGUAUUUUUAAAGGAAAUGGUACAGUAGUCUACCAGACAAUCCCAGGAAGCAAUACAAAUCACAUCAGACAAUGAAAUCUCUUGAGGACACAUGUAUUCACUGUAUUAUGAACAGUAUCCAGGACAUACCCCACAUCAAGGAGAAACUCCCCCGAAUCUACAAGGAACUGUUACUGAUGCGCCUCAGUGAACAUAGCCUUUUGACCCCAAAUGUCAUGGAGUGUGUCAAGCAGCAACUGUUUGUCACCUCACUUCAGCACCUUCAGCUUUACCACUGUGAUCAAGUUAACGACCAGUUCCUGAAAUCCUUUGCUGAUUCUCGAAGACAGUUAAAGACUCUUGUCAUAGAAAAGUGUGAUGUCUCAGAUGUUGGAGUUUUAGCUGUGACUCAUCAACAAAAGUCCCUGGAGACCUUGGUGUUAAAGUAUCUGAUACAUUUGACCCAAAAAGGCUUGGGAAAUGUUAAAUCUCCAGUCCUUCAUACACUUAAUUUAAAGGGCUGCUCCCAGAUGAAUUCAAAAGGUGUUCUCACCGUCUUACAGAAUAAUCCCAGCAUAGAAGUUCUCCGUGUGGCAGGACAGGGUAACCACAAAUAUGAUGAUCUAUUAUUUCAUGAUAUCGCAGAGACUGUGGGUCCAACACUGAAGGAGCUACACUUUGCCCCUCACACAAUCAGUGAUGUAUGCUUGUGUGUCUUAGCCACCAGAUGUCCCAAUCUUCAAGUAUUAAGUCUUUAUGGAUGUCCCAGAAUAACGGGAGGUUCACUGUUAAAGCUAACACAAGGCUGUACCUCUUUGAGGAACCUGGAUUUGUCUUACUGUGUACAGCUGAGUCACAGUCCAGACAACCAGUCACUAUGGACACUUCCAGUUACCCUGACAACCCUUUCCUUAUGUGGAAUUAUGUUGGAGGACAAGGAGAUUUUGGUUGAAGCCUUGCAGAGACUGAGGAACCUCCAGUCUGUCCGGCUUUGUGGGAUUCCCUGUCUAGAUGAUGACACAUUUACUCAGAUUAUGGAGAAGAGAGGAUCCAGCCUGGUAGAGAUCGACCUUAGUGGCAUGAGGAAGAAAGAUUUUACAGAUGAGGGCCUGAGGUCCAUCAGUAAAUACUGCACCUCACUGGAGAUUCUCAACAUCAGUAUGUGUCAUGAGUUUACAGGGGAGUCUCUCCUACCAUUACUAGAGGACCCAAAGAGGGCUCAGCACAUCACCAAGCUAUUCCUGUCCUCCAGAAAGAUAAGCUAUGAGGUAUUGUGUGCAGCUGCUACCUAUUGUAAUAAUCUGUGCAGUCUAGAUUUGGGAGGGGUUGGAUGUGUGGAUGACAAUCUCCUGUGUCUGCUGGCUCAGAACACUCCCAAACUCCAGAGGCUGGGAAUCAAAGGAUGUAGUAAGGUAACAGACACUGGUUUAUGCACCUUGAGUGGAAGUUGUCAGGAUUUAGCUUUCCUUGUUCUGUCUGGAGUGAACAACAUCACAGAUAAAUCCAUCUUCUGUAUCGCCAACAACUGUCCCUACCUGGAGGAGAUUUACCUGAAUGGCUGUAAACAGAUAUCUACCACUACUUUACAGUAUCUCAUGGACUAUUGUGUUUCCAGUGUGUAUAUCCAGCAUGUGACCCCAAACUUAGCACCAGAACAGCUGAUGGCCAAAAAUCUGGACACAGGAGAGUUCUGUAGAGUAGAUCAAAUAGAUUAUAACACUCAUAACAGCCACAAAAGGAAGAUCGCUAAGGAGGAGCUAGUGGGAUUGUGAGGGGGAGGAAACAAUGAAUCAUUCUCUGUUAAAAGUACAGUGUUUAUCUGGGGAUAUUACAUUGAUAUGGGAAUCUGUCAGCAAUGAGGAUGUGGACCAUCAAGAACUUAGUGUCAACAAAUAACACGAACAAAUAACACAUGGGAAGUUGUUAUAUAGAAUUAAUCAUCUAUUAGAUAUAACCCAAUACUGUAAACUAAUAUUCAGUCUACAGUGUAUAAGCAAUAAGUACACCCUUAUAGGCCAGUCAAUCUACCAUGUGCUGUAUUUAGAAACUUUUUACUUCCAUAUAGAAGAAACUUCCUUGAAUAUGUAGACAAACCUGUAUCAUUGUUUGUAGAGGAGUAUUACUUCAACUUUAAGAAUAUCCUUAUGUAUGAAAAAUAUUUAACUGCCAAAGGAAAUAAGUAAUGAAUGGACUGCUCAAAUAAAUGCAAAUAAAUAGAAAAAAAUUGAGAACAAUAUUUGAAUAUUUAU